GAACGGUUAACAAUAUUCAGUUGGCAUCAUAUUGGCAUCGAUUGAUGAUAUGAUAUACAUCUAGCUCAGUUUGAAUGAUAAUUUUUCCAAUAUAACACAAUAUGUCGAGACAAUCUAACCAUGAUCGAUACCUCGAAACAUCGAACGUCAAUCAUAAUGGUGAUGAUGAGGAUGACGACGACGAAGAUGAUGAUGACUAUUCGCCCAACAAUGAGGACCAUGCCAGUGGUGAAGAAUCCGAUUCGACAACUGAUCAUCAGGAGGAGGAAGAAACCGUUGGCCAAAAUGAUGAAGCUAAAUCAGAAACAAAGAAGAAAACAGAUGAUGUGACGAUUGAUACGAAUAAACUGGAUGAAUUAUGGAAUGAUUUUUGCAGCGACAAACCAGUUGCAGCGAAAGCAAGCCAACCAGAUGCCAAUCAAUCGACCAAGGCUACCAUCACCAAACAAUAUGAUUUUGCAGGCGAAAUUGUCCUGAUUAACGAGACGGUCGAUGCUAACCAAACUAAAUCAAUUGAUGAUAAUGAUCAACAAGCCGAAACGGCCUCAUCAUCAUCAUCAUCAGCCAACGUUGGCGUCAAACGCUCAUCUGGUAGCGGUGGCCUUUCCGGUCUAUUGACACAGUUGAAAAAACCAAAGAUCAGUACAUUGAAGAAAUCGUUACACGAUUGGGCCGAAUUCAAAGAAUCGAAUAAAUUCGAAGAGGAACUGGAUCAACAUCGACGAUCGAAAGGAUCAUUUCUUGAACGUCAGGCAUUCCUAUCUCGAACCGAUUUUAGAGAAUUCGAACGUGAAAAAUCCGUACGCGACCGACAACGUAAAUUACGAGAUUUGAAGCAGCAAAAUAAUUGAUUUUCUACCCUCAUUCUACUACAAUUAGCCACUGAAUCAUUAAUAAAGACACCGACAUUUUGUUAAUUAAUAAAAAAAUAAAUUGGGUUUUAUAUUUUA